AUGAGGAGAAAGAUCGAAAUAAAGCUGAUCGAAGACAAGCCAAAACGACACACGACCUUCACAAAACGGCGGCAGGGCCUCAUGAAGAAAACCGAGCAACUCUGCGAGAUUUCCGACUCCCAGGCCGUCGUCAUCGCUUUCUCCGGCACCGGAAACUGCUACUGCCUCGGCCAUCCCCACGCCGACACCGUCUUGGACCGCUACUUCGGAGAAUCCUCUUCCGCCGAUGAGGUGGAGAGGAGGAUCGGCGAUGCGAUGAAGAGCGGGCGUUGGGUGGACGCCGCGACAGGGUUGGAAUUGGAUGAGCUUGAUGAAUUGCUUGCGGAGUUGGAGGAGACGACGCGUAGGGUGGAGGCGCUUGCGGCGGAGUCCGGUUGA